UCUAGUGAGUGACACUUCCCAAGACAACAGAGUAGGGAACUGUUUUAGCAAGGUCGAAAGUAGGACGGCAAUAAAGACUUUGUGCUUUAUGCUGGUCCAAAGGUAUUGUUUUCUUACUUUCGAGCCCUUGCCUUUUAGAAACCUCACAGGUCAAUAAAAGUAGAGUGCUUUGAACGACCUAGCCGUAUUUUUGUACGUACAUUGAUAGCAUUUAGCUUGUUUAGCAGUCAUCAUGGCUAUGGUGGGGCUGAGAGCUUCUUACCACAGAAUCCUCGACAGGAUUGGGCAUAUGCUGCCGGCUAAACUACAACCUAUUUAUAAUCACCCUGCAGGUCCAAAGACUGUGUUUUUCUGGGCACCAAUGUUUAAAUGGGGCCUGGUCAUGGCUGGUUUGGCAGAUAUGACACGUCCAGCUGAUAAACUAAGUCUAUCCCAGUCUGGUGUAUUGACAGCUACAGGUUUAGUUUGGUCCAGGUAUUCCCUGGUUAUAAUUCCCAAGAACUGGAACCUCUUUGCUGUAAACUUAUUUGUGGGAAGCGCAGGAGGCUCACAGCUGUACAGAAUAUGGCAGUAUAAUCGGGAACAGAAGGAAAAGGAGAAGGCUGAACAGGCUUGAUUGCAGUGCUGCAUAUAAAGUGCAUCCAGAGGACCCAAUGGGACUCCCACUGACUGGUACCCUAGAAACUUCACAUCAUUAUCAGUCAGCCUUAGAGCCUCUUCAGUUUUUUUCAUAAAUAGAUAAAACAGUUGUUUAAGAGUUCAGAGCCCUUCAUUGUACUGUGCCACUGGCCUCAUGGCAACACUUACGGUUGUUAACAAUGCACAACAUGUUACAUCUUCAUAUUAGUAUGAUUGAAUAUUUUUUGAAAUGCUUUGUCUUGAUUAAGGUGCAUUUUCAUGUAACAUGAUUUAAAGCUUGUAUACCCAGCCUAUAACAUACUGUUAAAGAAAUGUCUCUGAAUACAUUUUAAAAUGGUAACUUUCGUUACAUGUAUUUCUUAGGAAAUAUUUAUUAAACAACUGUAACAAAUUUA